GGCCCCGGGGGCGGUCUCGCCCGCUGCCAGGGUUGGUUGCGCCGCUGAACGGAUGGCAGAGGGAGCCGAGCGGAUUAAGGAGGAACGCUGGCCAGCUAUUUGAGGGUCAUCUCUUGCCACAUUUUGAUGUCAAGAUGACUAAGCUGGGAUUUUUGCGGUUGUCCUAUGAGAAGCAGGACACACUUCUGAAGCUUCUCAUUCUGUCAAUGGCUGCUGUGUUAUCUUUCUCCACUCGUCUCUUUGCUGUCCUGAGAUUUGAAAGUGUUAUCCAUGAGUUUGAUCCGUAUUUUAAUUAUCGGACUACCCGUUUCCUGGCUGAGGAAGGGUUUUAUAAAUUCCAUAACUGGUUUGACGACCGGGCCUGGUACCCUUUGGGACGAAUCAUUGGAGGAACAAUUUACCCAGGCUUAAUGAUCACCUCUGCUGCAAUCUACCAUGUGCUUCAUUUUUUCCACAUCACCAUCGACAUUCGGAAUGUCUGUGUGUUCCUGGCCCCUCUCUUCUCCUCCUUCACUACCAUCGUCACGUACCACCUUACCAAAGAGCUCAAGGAUGCAGGGGCUGGGCUUCUUGCUGCUGCCAUGAUUGCCGUAGUUCCCGGCUACAUCUCCCGGUCUGUGGCUGGCUCCUAUGACAAUGAAGGGAUUGCCAUCUUUUGCAUGCUGCUCACCUACUACAUGUGGAUCAAGGCAGUAAAGACCGGUUCCAUCUAUUGGGCGGCCAAGUGCGCUCUUGCUUAUUUCUACAUGGUUUCUUCUUGGGGAGGAUAUGUGUUCCUGAUAAACUUGAUCCCGCUCCACGUGCUUGUGCUGAUGCUCACAGGACGGUUCUCCCACCGGAUCUACGUGGCCUACUGUACUGUGUACUGCCUGGGCACCAUCCUCUCCAUGCAGAUCUCCUUUGUGGGUUUCCAGCCUGUUCUUUCAUCAGAGCACAUGGCAGCCUUUGGGGUCUUUGGUCUCUGCCAGAUCCACGCCUUUGUGGAUUACCUGCGCAGCAAGUUGAAUCCACAGCAAUUUGAAGUCCUUUUCCGGAGUGUCAUCUCCCUGGUAGGCUUUGUCCUUCUCACCGUGGGAGCUCUCCUCAUGCUGACAGGAAAAAUAUCCCCCUGGACGGGGCGUUUCUACUCACUGCUGGAUCCUUCUUAUGCGAAGAACAACAUCCCCAUCAUUGCCUCUGUGUCUGAGCAUCAGCCCACAACCUGGUCCUCCUACUAUUUUGACCUGCAGCUCCUCGUCUUCAUGUUUCCAGUUGGCCUUUAUUAUUGCUUUAGCAACCUGUCUGAUGCCCGGAUUUUCAUCAUCAUGUAUGGCGUGACCAGCAUGUACUUUUCAGCUGUGAUGGUGCGUCUCAUGUUAGUGCUGGCGCCUGUUAUGUGCAUUCUUUCUGGCAUUGGCGUCUCCCAGGUGCUGUCCACAUACAUGAAGAAUCUAGACAUAAGUCGUCCAGACAAGAAGAACAAGAAGCAACAGGAUUCUACUUACCCUAUUAAGAAUGAAGUGGCAAGUGGGAUGAUCUUGGUCAUGGCUUUCUUUCUCAUCACCUACACUUUUCAUUCAACCUGGGUCACCAGUGAAGCCUACUCUUCUCCCUCCAUUGUGCUGUCUGCCCGGGGUGGGGAUGGCAGUAGGAUCAUUUUUGAUGACUUCCGAGAAGCGUACUAUUGGCUUCGUCACAAUACUCCAGAGGAUGCGAAGGUCAUGUCCUGGUGGGAUUAUGGCUACCAGAUUACAGCUAUGGCGAAUCGGACAAUUUUAGUGGAUAAUAACACAUGGAAUAAUACCCAUAUUUCUCGAGUCGGGCAGGCAAUGGCAUCCACUGAAGAAAAAGCCUAUGAGAUCAUGAGGGAGCUUGAUGUAAGCUAUGUGCUAGUCAUUUUUGGAGGCCUUACCGGGUAUUCCUCUGAUGAUAUCAACAAGUUUCUGUGGAUGGUCCGUAUUGGAGGGAGCACAGACACAGGCAAACAUAUCAAGGAACAUGACUACUACACUCCAACCGGAGAGUUCCGUGUGGACCGUGAGGGUUCUCCAGUGCUGCUCAACUGCCUCAUGUACAAGAUGUGUUACUAUCGCUUUGGCCAAGUCUACACAGAAGCCAAGCGUCCACCAGGCUUUGACCGUGUCCGAAAUGCUGAGAUUGGGAAUAAAGACUUUGAGCUUGAUGUCUUGGAGGAGGCAUAUACUACAGAACAUUGGUUGGUUAGGAUAUACAAGGUAAAGGACCUGGAUAAUCGAGGCCUGUCAAGGACAUAAAUGUUACAUCCAGCUCUGAUAUGCUUCGCACUGAGCACGUCCUGUUUAGGAUGCUGAAGACAUUUUUUUAUAUGCAGUUUAUAAGAACAGAACAUGAUGGGAUUAGAGUUAUCUGAAAGUUUUGCCCUGGGCAGUAUGGGCUGGGCCAAAUGGAAUGAUUUUUAUAAUUCUGAAUAGGUUACCAAAUGAAAUGUCAUGGCUUUACUUUGUUCAAUUAAAGGGGGUCAUUUUUUUUUUUUUUUAAUGUGCCUUAUUUGUUUUGACUUACGUUGUUGAAGGCAAGUUUAUGCUCUGCUGAUAGAAGGACAGAUAGCAGCAGCUCUCAGCUCCCUAAAUGAACCUGGUAGAGGCAUUCUGUCAUUCUCUCUUAAAUCAGAACAGCUAUCGACUACUAGCUCAGAUCCUGCAACUACAGUUUUUUUCAGCCUUUCUGCAUUGCAGCACUUAGCACAAUGCCUUGCACAUAUUGGGUGCUCAGUCAAGUUUUGUGAAAUGAAUAAAUGUUCGUAAGACCAAGGGAGUACCAUUUCUUGGCAGGAAAGGCAACUUUGUUGCCAUCAUGUCUCUGUUCUCAAUGUCUGUUAUCCUUAGAGGCUCUUUUGAGUUUAUAAGGGACAGAAGGUGGCUGGCUGGGCCUGAUCGCUUAGAUACCCUCUGGGACUAUAGCCGUCUUGUUGUUCGGAGGGGGUGGUCAGGAAUAAACCAAGUGUGACUAAAUCAGCAGCUUGGAAGGCUCAAAGUGAACAAUGAAAUCUGUUUACAAUUACAACGGAGAGGAAAAAACUUGUUUCUUCAACAUUAAGUAUAGAACUUGGUGGUUGGUAGGUGUUUUUGAAUCAGCUUAAGUGUAAUCAUAUACAUCCAUUUGAAAUUCAGCUUUUACUCUCAACUUAUCCACAACUGUGCACUAAAAGUAUUACAAUUAUUCAAUGGUGAGCUGCUUUUUCCUUCAAUCUCAGAUUAUUUGUUGUUAUUGUAUACCACUUAACAAGCUCAGUUAUUUGGUUUUGAAGCCUUUGCCAAGUAAGCUACAAUUUAGAAGGGGGAAGAAUUGCUAUUUGUGGUAUCUAGAGAGUACUGCUAGCCUGACUGCAAGAAGGGAAAAGAGAAAAUAUUAAAAAAUGUAAUUCAAAGCAUAGUGUUCCCAAGAAUGUUUAAUGUUAGUACAGCCUGCCUUAUGUUCAUUAGUACAGGAGCACAUUGUAUUUUAUAACAUAAGACACAUAUCACUGAUGUAUAUAAAUCCCAGGUCAUUAAAAAAUGUUUAAGAGAACAGGAGGAAUUACAUGCCUUUUAGAUAUAAGUCAGAAUGGUGCUUUUGUAGUCUCAGGUAUAGUGUAUACGCAGGAUACCUUAGCCUUCCAAAUUAAUUACAUACCAAGUGCUUUUAACUGUGACUGAGAUUUAGAUUUGAUAAAAGAUUUGAUUUACUAUAUGUAAAUACAUUAUUUGAUUUAUAUAUAGAAUUCCUUCCUAGUAGAAGUUGUUACUCUGGGUUUUAUUUACAAAGACAAGUAAUGUCAGUUAAAGAUUUACUGAUCUUUUCUCUAUAGUAUAAAUAAGAUAACCUUUUAACUUGUCACUAUAGCUGUUGCUGUUAUGAUUUUGUCACUUUCAAGGCUACAUGGAGCUAUCUUUCUCAGAAAAUUUGCUCUUUAUUUUCAUUGUUAUAAUGCACUUAGUGUAAAAAAAUCACAUCUAAAAAGCAACCACAGAAUCCAUGACUUUCAACUCUGCUGAUUCUCACAUUAUUUAUUUCCAUAUCAUUAAAUAUUGUGCUUUGU